AUGGACAAUCAACCGCAAAAUGAUGCGAACAGGAUCACAAACCGGGUCCAAGACCGAGGCAGAACCUUGGCGAGACACCCUCAUUACUAUCUGGGAAUGCAGCCAGGACUACCUAGAGAUGCUGGCAACGACAAUCAGCAUACUCCUAACAACCCCUCUGGUCCCGAUCGACGCCACGGCACCGGUGACCAUCCUGGCCCAAUUCCAUACCCUGACCCAGUCCAAAUCGACACAUCCCAGGAGUUCAUUACAUCACCUUUCCCGCCGUUGACAUAUCGCAAAUUCACGGUCCAUAAAACAAUUUCAAGCGCCGAGUGGGUUUCAGCAAACACAGAUAUUAUCUAUGAAAUGAGACAGCGCGAUCGCCAAGAUGUAGCCUUCCGAGAGAGAGUCAGACAUCGCAUCUCACCCGAUCUAUGGCCAAUCAUCCCACUGGUAGUUCGGCCUUUUGCAUACGAGUGGCUCACUGAAUCUCAACGGGCCACCCUGGGUAUGCCUCCUCCCGGGUUUCAAACACAGAUAACCAUUGUCGAAGAACAUGAGAUACCUCCACACCCUAAUGAGGCAUGUUACCGCGCCCUUGAGAGGGAAAUCAGCAACUUACCCAAACAUUGUGCUUACUUAGCCGCGUUGAUGAAGUUUGAACUUAACGAUAUGUUCACUCGUCAUCUGCAUUGGAUAAGGAGGCUCAAGAACGCUCAGAAGUGGCUUAACCAGCAAAUAGACCAGACACGCCAGAGCACGCUUGCGACGUGGAUUAAUUCGUGGACUGGCCGAGAUGAUGGCAUGCGCCCUCCACUCUAG